AUGUGGACAACAAGUAUAGAUUAUAAAAUCACAGAGGAUAGUUUUCUUUUUUCAUUUGGUAAUAGGUGGAAAUUAGAAGAUGCCAGGUUGAGUAGAGUGUUACAUCAACGUUCAUUUUAUGCAAUAAGAUUUAAUGGUAAUAAUUAUGGUCCAUGUUUUGGUGACAAGGAUUUGUGUAUGAAAGGUUGUUUCAAUGAGAGUGGUAGUUGUUCAGCACAAAAAGAUGAUUACUGCACUAGUAUUACAGAUUCUAAAGUGUUUUCAAUUGAUGAAUAUGAAUUUGAUUAUAUUUUAGGCAGCGAGAAUGAAGUUUAG